AUUGGCCGGUUGGAAUGCGUUUUUAUUGCUUGGCAAAUACACCAACAAUAAUGCUAUGCGGCGUCACAAACAAAGUUUCAUGUAAACGAGAUUAGAAAACCCCUUAAGUUAAACAGAAUUAUUCUGUGCGAUUCCUAAAAAUACUAUGAGGAGACUUGCAAUCUUUCUGUACACAACACUCAAUUCUUGAUAUUGGGGAUUCCCCAUUUUACAAUAAGGUUUUAUCCAGAGCAAGAACACAGUAGUAUGAACGGGAGUAAUACAGUAAUAAUAAUCACAUUUUGGUAGUAAUUUUCCAUAUAUAGUUUGUUCAUACGGGAAAGUACAGAUUUGAGGCAAGAAAUUGAAAUAAGUAUAUGUGAUAGAUUUUUGGUUUUGGUUUCACAUGUUUAAAAUCCGAACCAUUGAUGUGUUUAUAAAUAUUUUUCUUCCACACACACUUUUCAAUUAAAAAAAUACAUUUUAGGCUUUUAAGUAAAGGUAUCGCGUAUUGGUUGUACUAAAGCGAAAUAGACUUGUUUUAAAUGGAUUUCUUUAUCGAAUACACAAGUAAAACCACUGGCAGGGACAAACUGUACAGAGUCACUCAAUAUGCUUGUAAAGUUAUCGGCUGGAGCCUUCAAAAUUCCAGUGGUUACGAGGAUGUUGUAGCUAAACUCGCAAAGGUGGAAUCUCAUUCUAGUACAACGAGAAAGUUUUUUCGUCUUGGUCGCUCUUUAGAGAGUUUACGCAAUGCGCAGAAGACUGUACAUCUUGCUGACCCUGUACUCAGGACUACACUGACAAUUGCCCAUUUAAAUAGAGCUCUGUUUCUUGCAAUUGAUCACUACUUAUGGCUGGGGAGGGUAGGAGUGGUGAAAGUGGAUAAGAAAUGGGAUUUGUCCGCCUCUCGUUAUUACCUUGCUUCCAUUAUCAUCACCCUUGUACGAGAUCUUUAUGCAAUUUAUGUUGGUAUGGAACGAUCAAAGCGUGAAGGGAAAAGGUCUUCUUUUCUUGUAAGAUUGUGUUAUGCUGACCCAGCUGCUACUGUCGACCUUGUGCGCAAUGUAUGUGAUUAUCCCAUUCCUGCUUCCAAACUUGGAUUUUUUCCUAAACAUAAUGGACUGGUUGGAGUUUUGGGUCUGAUAUCAUCUAUUUUGGGUGCUUAUCAAUUUGCUAAUCCUAAAUACAAACCCAAGCCCUGAAUUCCCCACAAUGUUAGCAGUUUCUCUACCAUUAAUUGACAUAAUUAUAAAUAUAAAUAUAUAUAUCUAGAAGCAUUAUAUUUUCACUUGCAAGCUAUGCAACUUAAUUAUUGCUUAAGUGCUAUUUCCACUAACUUAUUACGAUAGCAACACUAGCAAAAUACAUGCAAUAAUUAUUGUUUCUAUGUUUUAGUAAAUUCUAUGUAUACGAGAUUGUAUUAACUAUUUACGAAUGUUUAUAAUUAUUAUAGUGAAGUUGUUGUAUUGUGUUUAAAAUAGAACAAUUUAUAUUAAAUGGCGAAAAUUUUGUCUAAAAUUAUACUUUGAAUAAUAACAAGAUGUCUAUUCAAUGGUGACUACACAUUAUGUUAAUUAUUCACAUUUCUUAAUUUCUUUGUUAUAAUUUGCUUUACAAUAAACACUAAUGCACAUUUGUAGGUAAUACUUAAUAUUGCAUGAUUUAUUAUAUCAAUUUUAAUUUUAG